CAGCGAGGCGAAGCCCGGGCGCCCCGCGACCCCCAUUGGCUGCGCUGCCCCCUUUGUGCGCCCGGGCAGCUGCGAGGCUCCGGCUGGCCCUUUGAAUGUCUGGAGGCGUGGGGAGAGGGAGCCUGUCCAUGGGCCAUCUGGCCGCCCGCAGCCCCCCGCAGCAGCAGCGCCAGCAGCAGCAGCAGCCGCCCCCACCCGCGCCGCUCGACCGCCUGCCGCCCUCCGGGGGCGCCACCCAGGGGUAGCGCCCGCCAACCGGGGGGACCCUCCUCGCCCGCCGCCGGCCAGGAUGGUUUUGGUGCACGUCGGCUAUCUUGUUCUUCCAGUGUUUGGCUCUGUGCGAAACAGAGGCGCUCCUUUUCAAAGGUCUCAGCAUCCUCAUGCUACCUCCUGCCGGCACUUCCACCUGGGCCCCCAGCCUCAAAUGUCCGCUGACUUCCCCCUGCCUCACGCUGUCCAGCCUCAUGUGGCAACUGCUCACCAGCACAGUGGCCCGCUCCACCAGCCCCUGCCGCCUCUGCCUGCCCUGCCAUUCCAGGAUGUGACGGGACCCUCUUUCCUACCUCAGGCCCUACACCAGCAAUACCUCCUCCAGCAGCAGCUCCUCGAGGCCCAGCACCGCAGAAUCAUGCCUCAUCCCAGGCGGACUCAGGAGCGUAUGUCUGUCCAACCUCAUCGGUUACAUCCAGGCUUCGAAUUUGGCCAUCAACUCCAGACGCCUCAACCAAUGGGGCCGCAGCCCAGAUACUUAGCGGAAGGAACGGACUGGGACCUCAGUGUUGACGCUGGUUUGACCCACAAUCAGUUCCAAGUGAGACCCGUUCCACAGCAUUAUCAGCAUUACCUAGCUACUCAAAGGAUACACCAUUUCCCCCGAAACACAUCCUCAACGCAAAUGGUCAUCCAUGAUAUCAGAAACUACCCAUAUCCUCAACUUCAGCUUCUCACUCUUCAGGGAUUGAAUCCAAACAGACACACAUCUGCCGUGAGGGAAAGUUAUGAAGAGCUGUUGCAACUGGAAGACAGGCUAGGAAGCGUAAACAGGGGGGCCGUACAGAACACCAUCGAACGGUUUACUUUCCCGCACAAGUACAAGAAGAGGAGACCGCAGGAGAGCAAAGCGGAAAAGGAAGAGGGGGAAGAGUCGGACACCGACGAGAAAUGCACAAUCUGUCUCUCCAUGCUGGAAGACGGCGAGGACGUGAGACGGUUGCCGUGUAUGCAUCUUUUCCACCAAGUGUGCGUGGAUCAGUGGCUAGCGACCAGCAAGAAAUGCCCCAUCUGCCGCGUGGACAUUGAAACCCAACUGGGGUCUGACAGCUGAAAUCGGCCCGGUGCAAAGGCGUCCUUUCUUUUUCCGGUCCUCGCCGAGGCGCGCGACGUCCCUCACAGCGGAAUUUUGCCUUCUGAGCCAUUUGAUCUUUUUUGUUUGUUUUUUUUUGAAGAAAGCCUGCGAGCUCAUUUGAAGCUCAUUUAAAAAGAGCGAGACAAGAAGAACAAAAAUUACAGAAAGGAAAAGAAGAAGAAGAUGAUGAUGAUUUGGUGGUUAUGAUGUCUAGAGGUAGGAAGAGAUCCCAGCAGCCCCGUGGGCUGAGAGAUGCGUGCGAACACAGCUAGAACGCCCCGUGGGAGAGUCAGUUGUGCAAAAGUGGGGCGCAUAGUGUUCUAGUAUCGGCUUCUCAAUCCUGCAUCUCACGAGGAUUGUAUAUAUAUACCUCUCAAAAAUAAGUAGAAAUGUAUUAGGGUUCUUUAGCUAUUUCGAUGGAUGGCUAUCGGAGCAUGUGCGCUUAGAAAUGUCGUCUUGGUGCCCCGUCAUCUUGUGGUGGAUUUGUGGCUGUUAACCUAAUCUGCACCAAACAUUUAGUUGGGUUUUUUCUAAAAAAAAAGUUGUUUUUUUCCUGCAUAAGAUUCCUUGCUUUGGUGCCUGGCUGAAAACAUUACGAGAGAUAGAGAGA